AUGUCAUCCCCUCUCAAUUCGAGCCCUGCAUAUAGGCCUAAGACUCUAUACGGUAAAAUCUGGGUGGAUAAUGUCAUGUGUGGAGGAUCGGAAAACAGCAUUGAGAAAUGUGUGUCCCGUGGCUGGGGGAACAGUGACUGCACACAUCAGGAGGAUGCAGGGGUGGUUUGUAAAGAUGAGAGACUUCCAGGCUUUGCAGACUCUAACAUCAUUGAGAUGCAGGUGGAUGAAAACCGAAUGGAGAAGAUUCGUCUGCGUCCGCUCUCAGGUGCCCAUGCCGGCCGUAUUCCUGUGAUGGAGGGAGUGAUAGAGGUGAAGUUUAAGGAAGGAUGGGGUCACAUCUGCAACACUGGCUGGACCACCAAGAACUCUCAUGUGGUUUGUGGCAUGAUGGGAUUCCCUUCGCAGAGAACUAUGGGGAAGAAGCCAAGCAG